AUGCGCCUCGCCCACCUGCACCUCCCAAAUAUAACACCGUUCAAUACGGUAUCCCAGCUCCAACAAACGCUCACCCUCCGCCACCUCGCCUACAAAAAAGCCAUCUCCCUUUCAUCCUCUUCAAGCUCACCCUCAGAACCACAACCCGACCCUACAAUAAUUACAUUCACGCCGAACCCCGUCUACACUACCGGGCGGCGCGACCUACCGCCUUCAAACACAUCGUCACCCUCCGACCAACUCCCGAGCUUGGAACUAUCAUUACCGCCGUCAUUGGAGCCUAUUAGGCAUAUACUUGACCCAAACGUACCAUCUACAGCAGAAGGCGGAAGGAAAGCGGAAUAUCAUCCCACCCUCCGCGGUGGACAGACUACAUACCACGGCCCCGGACAAUUGGUCGCAUACACAGUCCUCGAUUUGAGGCGGAUGGGAUUAUCGCCGAGAUGUCAUAUUAGUUUGCUGGAGAAAAGUGUCAUUGAUUUACUGGCGCGGUACGGUGUGACGGGGUUUACGACAAGGGAUCCGGGGGUAUGGGUCAAUCCCCCCAUACCGGCCCGGAAUGAGGGCAACGGAGGGAAAGAGGCGAGAAAGAUUACGGCUGUAGGCGUACAUCUGCGUCGACACAUAAGCUCCUUUGGCGUCGGGCUCAAUGUCACGGAUGAACCGAUGUGGUAUUUUAAGCAGAUUGUUGCGUGCGGACUGGAAGGGAAGGAGGCUACUAGUCUUGCGGGACAGGGCGUGAGGUUUGAUUCUCAGAAAAAUGAGGAGGUAAUGAGAGAGGUUGCGGAGGGGUUUGUGGAUGCGUUUGUGAAGAGGUUCGAGGUUGAUUUUCCGGCUGAUAAAGACGGCAAGAGGAGGGAGGGGAUUGAGGAGGUGUACAAUAUUGGGGUUGAGGAUGUAAUUUCAUGA